UUGAUUCUACUGGUUUUGUGUGAAACAACUUUCCGUGGCUGAAAAAAAAUACGAGUUGGUGCCUGUGGAUACACUCAGAUUUUCUUUGCCACGAUGGCAGUGAUACCUGAAGCUAGGGCCUCCAGAUGGCAGAGCGAAGUUACUGACCGUACGUAGACUUUCUAACUAGCCCAAACUGAUGUCAUUCCACGGUUGUAGGGUCGGAGAUACAACACAGUGCCUGAAGAAUGGCGGAGAAUUGGUGGGGAAGCUGGAUUCAUCAGAACGUCGCGAAGGCGAAAGCCAAGUCUGCAAAAGCCGUGGAACUUCUGAAGUGUGACCUGGCCGAAUUCAGACAGGUUAUCCAAAAUGAUACUGUGUCUACUAUUGCGGCCACAGCUUUAGCAUUCAAAGAAAAGCUAAAUGUUGAGGAGUCCUCAGAAGGAUGCCAUAGGGUCAGCAAAGGGAUUUCAAGUUUUCUUGGAGCCAUCUCAGAAGCAUUUGCUCCUGUGGUAGAAGAAUCACACACACCUCAUGUGAGCACAGUCAAGGACACUCGAUUGAAAAUUGGCGACUCUUAUGAUGGCAUUAAGAUUCGUUUAUGUAAUCUUCAGGCUGAUCCAGCAACAUACUGUGCUAAACCAGAUGAACAAUAUAAUAACUGGCUGUCAGGCUUCGACUUGGAAAGUGAGAAGUUCACAAUAUCGAAUCUCCUGGUUGACAGGACAGAAAUAAGAGAUCUUUACACAAAAUUGGUCCCGAGUGAAGUGGCUCAUAAUGACUUCUGGUGUCGGUAUUUCUAUAGAGUGCAUCAACUUCAUCAGGAGGAAGCAAGGAGAACAGCUCUGAAAGAGAGAGCAGAGCAAACUGUGCACUCUGAGGACCUCAAGUGGGAUGAUGAAGAUGAAUUUGAUACCUCAAGUGCUGAAGAUAGACCAAAUUAUAGAAAUCUAGAAACUGAAGACAUACACAACAGCUUGAAGCCAAGAGGAACUUCUGAGAAAUCAGAACCUGGUCUAGGAAUCACCAUGGCAAGUCUACUAGAAGGCACAUCGCAUGAACCCCAGCAGCUUGCAAAGCUUUCUGCUGCAGACAGUGAAAGAAUCAAAUGUAAAGCCUUUGUGGGGGAAGCCAGGAAAAUGGCAGAACCAUUGCUGAAAAUUGAAAGAAUGCAUGGGUGUAAAAGUUCUUCAAAGGAAGAAGGAAUGCAUAAUGAAAUGCUUGAGUGCAAAUAUGCUGAUGUGGAUGCUACAGACUCUGCUGAGUGUCCCCUCUCUACUUCUAACCCAAGAAAUAUUGAGAAUAUACGUUCACUGUCUAACAUUGGCCAAAAUUCAAAAUUACAAUUUGAUUAUAAUGUCAAAGAAUCAACUUUAGCAAAAGAAAGCACUGCAAACUCUGUUGAAAACUGGGAUGAAGACCUUGAUCUAGAUAUGACUGAAGAAGAAAUCCAGAUGACUUUAUCCCGAGCUGAAGACUUGGGAGAGCUUGAGAUCGAAGAGUGGGAAGAUUGGGUAUGUGAACAGAAGUGAAAUCUUUUGGCUCCUUUUGCUACAGUCAAUAGAGUUGAUUGCAAAAAAGCAUUUGUAACCUGCACAAUCAAUUGCCUUCUUCUGCAUUCUGCAUCAUGGUAGUCAGGUUUACAACUUUUUAUAAAUAAUUGUCACUCUUAACUUAUUGUGUAGCUUCAUGAGGUAAGGAGUACAAACGUUUGUAUAUAAAACAUUAAAUUUCA